GGAAGAAACUGGAAUCUGGCAACACUUUGGUCGAAAUAAUUUAUCUGGAUUUAUGAAAGAACUUGUUCAUAAAUCAGGUAUUGAGGUUGAUGGCUUACUGACUAACCAUUAUGGACGAAUGACAUCUGCACAAUUAAUGCAAAAUGUAAAUGCAGAAGAACAGGUUAUUAUGAAAAUAACUGGGCAUCAAAGUGUUGAUUCCAAACUAUUUUCACCAAAAGCUAGAAUUUACUUUACGGACGCUAACGACACCAAACGAUAUAGCAAUCCCAAACGCGUAUCAUCUGUAGGAGUAGAGUCAAACAACAACGGACGUGUCUGGCACCUCGGUGUCGACUUAUCGUAUCCUGAGGGCAGAGUAUACGGAGUGUUUUAUGAAGCUAUUUUUGAUUUCGAAAAUUGA